AUGGAGGUCAUAUUGCGAGAAAGCACAUUCGGACGAAUCCUGAACUAUGUCUCUGAUGACAAACUUUUUCCAGCAUCAGGUAUCCCAAUAUCGAAAAGUGAAGCAGCUACAAACCCAAGUUUGUCGGCUGCUUCUUCCGAUACUCUUGACCAUAUCCUGGUAGAUUUCAGCGGGCCCAGAGACCCCGACAUGCCCAGGAAUUGGCCAAUGUUGGCAAAGACUGUUGUCAUGAUCGAUGUGAUGCUGUUGAACUUCAGCUUCUAUGCGGCAUCAGCAAUUUUCACGCCGAGUAUCCCCAAGAUCGAGGAGGUGUUUGAUGCGACAAAUGCCGAGGGGACUCUGGGACUCUCCCUUUUUGUAAUAGCGUAUGGCAUUGGGCCUCUCAUUCUUUCUCCCCUGUCGAGCAUGCCGUCAAUUGGACGUACUCCAGUAUAUGUCCUUGGUUCCCUUGCAUUCUGCUUGUUUAAUAUCGGGACUGCCCUCGCGAGGAAUCUGCAAACAAUUCUAAUUUUGCGCUUUUGUGGAGGCCUAGUUGGGAGCGCACCUAUUAGUGUGGGAGGUGCUACACUGAUGGAGGUCUAUGAUCCGGGCCAGAUUCCAUAUGUCAUUGCUCUGUAUGCGGUCAGCGGAGUCUGUGGGCCGAUUUUAGGACCGAUUCUUGGGACUCUUGUGUUAGAGCGUUGGAAAACAUGGACAGCGACUCUAUGGCUCCUUUCAGGUGUCACGGCUCUCACGACGGUGUUCAUAUUUUUCUGUCUGCCCGAGACGCUGAACGCCAAUAUCCUUCUACGCCGAGCACAGCGACUCCGCCGCCAGACGGGGAACUCUGCAUAUCGGAGUCAAGCUGAAUUGAAUACACCGGAGGCAAACUUUGCUCUGCGCAUUAUGAAGCAAACAAUUGAUGACUUCAAACUGUCUUGCAUGGACCCGGUAAUUCUGUUUGUUAACAUGCAUACGAUGCUGAUCUAUGGCGUCCUGUACCUGUGGUUUGAGUUUUUCCCAUUCGUGUUUGAUGGAAUUUACCAUUUUACUGCCAUCCAACAGGGCCUUGCAUUCUUCGGGAUCCUCGUUGGUGCCGUAGUAUCUGUCAUUGCAUACAUGCUAUGGUUAUAUUUUUCAUACCAGCCGCGGGUCGCAAAGCCAGAAUCCAUCGUGGAGCCUGAAGCUCGCCUUGUCCCUGGCCAAGUCGGAGCGAUUUGCAUCCCUAUUUGCCUCUUUCUAUUUGCAUGGACGUCUCGAGAGAGCAUACAUUGGAUCGUUCCUAUCAUUGCGACUGCUUUCUUUGCACCAGGAUUUUAUCUCACCUUUCAAUCUAUCCUCAAUUACCUGGGGGAAUCCUAUCCAAGAUAUGUAGCAAGUGUCUUUGCUGGAAAUACGUUCUUCCGGAGCUCUUUCGGGGGAGCAUUGCCUUUAGCUGCUCCUCAAAUGUUGAAGUCGCUUGGCAUUGGAUGGUCAUCGAGCAUGUUAGGUUUUAUUUCCGUUGCUAUGGUCCCUUUACCUUUCAUUUUGGAACGGUAUGGAAAGCGUCUACGCUCCUGGAGCAAGUACGCCAACUAG